AUGUCUCACCCUGAAUAUGAAGCCCUCACUUUCAAUGCGAUGGCGAGAGGCGAGGAAGGUAUCGCCAGCCCAGCUCUAGCCGAGGCGCAAGCCUACAAGGCUGCUGGAGUUUCUCGAAUUUUAUUGGCCCAUUCGAAGGAUGAUGAACUCGUCCCUUGGAGCCAGUUAGACCGCAUGAAGAACGUGCUAGAACUUGGUGGUGAGGGCUAUGUGCAAAUGUUCGAGAUCUUUGGUAAACAUGAUGAUCCAUGGGCCGAUGGACGGGACGUGGCUAGGGCAGUAAUUGCUACAAUUGAAGCUCUUGCUGCCUAA